AAUUACUCACUGUCGUCGGUAAAAGUGGCCAUUUUUGUACAGUAUUGUGGCUAUACACGGCAAUUUAGGUUGAACUAAUUUUAGUAGGUUAGACUGGCAUGGAAGGAUCUCCGGGGCAAAUCUCUAAGGAUCUUGAACGUUAUGUAAUUAAAGAUGCUCCCCCUACUGUUUAUUAUGUUCCAGAGUUCAUAACAAAAAGUGAGGAGGCAUACCUUCUUCAACAGGUGUACAAAGCCCCAAAACCUAAAUGGACUCAGCUGCUGGGUAGACGACUCCAGAACUGGGGUGGACUCCCGCAUCUUAAUGGCAUGCUAGCAGAAAAACUGCCCAUUUGGCUUCAGCAGUACUGUAAUAAAAUCUCUGACCUGGGAGUAUUUGGGGGGAAAACUGCUAAUCAUGUCUUGGUGAAUGAAUACAAGCCAGGAGAGGGAAUAAUGCCUCAUGUAGAUGGACCACUGUACUAUCCAACAGUGACAACUGUCAGCCUUGGGUCCCAUACUCUGUUAGACUUCUAUCAUUCUGUAUCUACUGCUCAGGAUGACCUUCCAAAGACAGAAGAGAGCCGGUACUUCUUGUCCCUGCUGGUAGAGCCCAGGAGUCUUCUGGUCCUUCGAGAUGAGAUGUAUGUGCAAUUUCUCCAUGGUAUUAAAGGUGUGAACCAGGACAUCAUCACUGACAAGGUGGCCAACCUGUCGGCCAGCAGUGCAGCCCUUGGAGACUAUCUUACCCGGAGUACUAGAGUGUCAUUGACAAUACGUCAUGUUCCCAAAGUGCUGAGAGCAACCUUGCGACUGGGAAAGUAGUUUUUUCUGUAAUUUUUGAAAGUCAGAAAAGAAAAAAGAGAUAGAUUAAUUCUUCAGGUGCAAUAAAGUGACAGAAGAAUUGGUACAAAAAAGUUGAUGCCGGUGUCUGUGUAGUCGGUGUAGCACUGAUGGUCCUGUUGUCUUCUGCUGUCUGGUUGAAAAUUGCAGUAUUAUCAGAGUGAAUAAUUGUGCCUGAGAUUCUCAUUUAGACAGUCAGUAUACCUGUGUGGAGCGUUGCAGGUUUCUCUUUCUUCUCCCCACCCUUUGAAUUUAAACAGUAAGUUAUUUAUUCAUAAAUGUCAUAUAUUGUUGUAAUUUACAGGUAUUAAGAACGAAAAUAACUAUACAUUGCUUUAAACGUGCAUACC